UCCCUGACUGGGUCACGCUGCAGCUGUUCCUCGCUCCCCGGCCUGGCCACGCCCUUUCAUUAAUAAAUGACCGUAAUGAAAGCGGAGUAAUUCCGCGCGUGGGAUGAUGAAAUCUAUUGGGAGAGAACGAAGAAGGAGGGGGCGUGGUUUAUGGCUACACAUUCAGUCUCAUUGCCCAGAGAAUGAUUGUUGUUCGUAUAAAUAGGGCAGCUGACAAGUGUGGAAGAUGCUACUACUACUCGCACAGGUGCCCCCUGCCUCUAAGCUCAGGGCAACAUGGCACAGACCCUCAAACUGGGCACCGGCAGCAGGUCCUCCCCGCUCUUCCGAGGCCUCCAGGAGCUCUGGGCUGACACUGUCCUCAAGAAUUCCGAGAAAGUCAUCAAACGGCACAAGUCAUUGGCAGAGAUGCCCGGACCCAGCACAGUCAGUUUCAUCUCCGAUCUCUUCUGCAGGAGGGGACUGGCACGGCUACACGAGCUACAGCUGGAAGGGAAAGCCAAAUUUGGGCCAGUCUGGAAGGCAAGCUUUGGACCUAUUCUGACUGUUCAUGUGGCAGAAGCAUCACUAAUAGAGCAGGUCCUUAGACAAGAAGGGAAGCACCCCAUUCGUUCAGAUCUCUCGUCAUGGAAAGAUUACAGGCAGUGCAGGGGACACUCAUUUGGACUCCUUACAGCGGAAGGGGAAGAAUGGCAGCAAUUCCGCAGCAUUUUGGGAAAACAUAUGCUUAAGCCCAAGGAGGUGGAAGCAUACACUGAUGUUUUAAAUGAUGUUGUUGGAGACCUCAUAAAAAAACUUAAAUAUCAGCGGAGCCAAAACCAAAACAACGUUGUCAAAGAUAUAGCCAAGGAGUUCUACAUGUUUGGACUGGAAGGAAUUUCCUCAGUGCUUUUCGAGUCCCGCAUCGGCUGCUUAGAGCCCAUUGUACCCAAAGAAACAGAGAAGUUCAUUCAAUCGAUCAACACUAUGUUUGUGAUGACUCUUCUUACCAUGGCUAUGCCCAAAUUUCUACACAAAAUAUUCCGAAAGCCCUGGCAAAAAUUCUGUGAAUCCUGGGAUUACAUGUUUGCAUUCGCCAAAGGACACAUUGACAAAAGAAUGGCGGACGUUGCACAGAAAUUAGCGCAAGGUGAAAAAGUGGAGGGGAAGUACCUCACCUAUUAUCUGGCACAGGAAAAAAUUCCAAUGAAGUCCAUUUACGGCAAUGUCACAGAACUUCUCUUGGCUGGAGUGGACACGAUUUCAAGUACUCUUUCCUGGAGUCUUUAUGAGCUAGCCCAUCAUCCAGAAAUCCAGUCUGCUGUGUACAGUGAGGUCAAGGAGAUACUGCAAGGCAAACUAAUCCCAUCAUCAGCCGAUGUUGCCAGAAUGCCUUUACUGAAAGCUGUUGUAAAAGAGGCCUUAAGACUGUACCCUGUUAUUCCUGGCAAUGCUCGUGUUGUAGCAGACAGAGAUAUUCAAGUGGGAGAAUAUAUAAUUCCAAAGAAGACACUUAUCACCCUUUGUCAGUAUGCCACCUCCAGAGAUGAGAAUGUCUUCUCAAAUCCCAAUGAAUUUCAUCCUGAACGCUGGCUAAAGAAAGAAGAUACUCACCACCCAUAUGCCUCUCUUCCAUUUGGAUUUGGCAAGAGGAGCUGCAUUGGAAGACGGAUAGCUGAACUAGAGGUUUACCUGGCCCUGGCAAGGAUCCUUAACCACUUUGAAGUUAAACCUGAGCAGCCAGGCAGCCUUGUCAUGCCAAUGACUAGAACUCUGUUGGUGCCAGAAAAAGAAAUCAACUUGCAGUUUCUGGAGCGAUGACUUGAGCCAGUGCUUAGCGUGGAUUAAAAAGGACUCCUGUGUCAACACAAGAAUUAAUGUGAAAUAUGGAACAAUCCAGUUUGGUCCUGGUUACGGGAAGGGUCUAAAGUUGGGUUUAUUGGUAGAAAUCUCAAUCUCAAAUAGGAAAAUUCACACAUUUCUUUGAUACAAGUCAAAAAGGGCUCUGAGCCCUGGAGUGUGAUAUCCAAGUACUGGUCACUGGUGUUUUUCCUAACUCAGCAAUCUCUGUAUCCACCAGAAAGUAAAAUAAGCCUGGCUCCCACCUGCCUUUCCUUUUGUAAGAUAAAUAUUUGUAAAUCCCAUAAUACAUGAAAUAAUAGUGUACCCACCAGUGUAGCUAAUAAUGAAUUGGAGCAAGCAACCUCUUUGCUCACAGUGUCUAUUUAAUGUAUAGAAAAGGAGAAGCCUAAUGGAAGAGACAUGAAACAAAUCACUUAAAAAUGUCUGUAAUUUACUCAUUAUGCUGGUGUAAUAAUUUUGUAUUUGUGAGUCACCAUCAUCUUCUUGUACAUCAAUUAGAAAUAGCAAGAGCUACGCACAUCUUAAUGUGUGACCUUACUUGGUUACUUCCCAUUCAGCAAUUUAUUUUAGUAAUGAGGAACUAUUUGUAUAUAUUUAAAGCGUAUUUAUUUAUAUGUAUAUAUUGACCUUUUACCAAAGAGUUUUAUAUUUUGAUCUCCAUAUUUAAGCCUAAAUACUAUGUAUUUGAAAUAUUUUGUAUUUAUACAUUGGGGACACAUACUUUGAAGUUAUGUGAGAAUAUUGUGAAUCAAAUAACUUUUUUGUAUUUAAUAUAUAUUUAUUAUCUUGAGCUAAUAAAUAUGAACAUUUCU